CUCCAGCCAUUCUGGUCUCGAAUCGCGCGUCGCGUGUCCCCGCAUCCAACGUCCAGCGAAAAGAAAGCACAGGACAUCCAGCAGAACCAGCUUGGCGAUCGCAAUGCUCUGCUCCGCUAGUGUAAACUGACUUCGUUUACUUGAUCCCGGGAAGUCUGUUGGAUGCAGAUGCUAAUGCUGCUGCUGCAGCAUACAGUCUCCCCGCUCUCAGCGUCAUCGCGACUGACACUGUGAAAAAACGAUGGCGAGCAAGCCUCCAUCGCAGUCCAAUCCUUCUAACGUCACCGUGCCACCGUCGCCCCGAACUGCGCGGACGCUGCGGAAGUUCCAGUCGCACCAGACGUUGUACUCGAGCUACUCGUCGAUCAGCGGUCAGCAGCAGCCUUCGAAUGACUCGAGUCCCUCGCGGGCUUCUGGGCUCGAUUCUCCCUUCGAUGCGCGAGCCCAGUCGCCAACAACUACUCGGCCACGGAGACGAACGAGAUCGAACAGUGAUGCCAGUGUGACGGGUUCGGCGAUCGUUCAUCAGACCCCUAAACGACCCGCGAGGAAGACGGGGUCAGGGAUAGGGCUGAAAAGAUCGAGUCUCGAGAAUUUGCUGAGGGAUGGACCGCCAAACGGGGAUGUUACUGGAGGUUUGAAGGAAUUGCGAUAUCUUGUUCUGUCUUCGAGGGUGGAUGCAGACAGUGAUGGCAUGUCCCCCUAUAGAAUAUAUCUCUGGCUUGCACUUCUUGAUGUUCCCGCCCUGCCCACAGACGAAUACCUCUCGUUAGUCCACAGAGGGCGUUCACCCGCCUAUACAAAGAUCCGUAAUGAUACUUUCCGUACCCUCGCAACGGACCCUCUAUUCAAACGUCGGGUUACAGAAGCAAGUUUGAUUCGGUUGCUGAAUGCUGUCGCAUGGAAGCUUCACGAUGCCAAAACUGGGACUACGGGAUCGCGGCCUGGUUCACGGAGACGUGAACUUGAACUUGCCAUUGAUACCCCUCCAGUCAUAGCUGAAGAACCAUCUGGAGAUAUACCCGAAGUGAGCUUUGGUCCACCUAUCAACUUCUCGGAGACAGCCGUCUACGUCCAAGGCAUGAAUGUCCUCUGUGCGCCCUUCCUCUAUGCUGCUCGCAGCGAAGUCGAAGCUUUCGCACUUUUCCAUUACUUCAUCACAAAGGAAUGUCCAAGUUACAUCCGAGGGGCUAUGGAUGGAGUCCAUAGGGGUCUGAAGCUCGUGGAUCGAUGUCUUGAACUCGUCGAACCGAAACUCGCCAAUUAUCUUUUCUCUAAGGGAAUGUACGCCGAACUUUAUGCAUUUCCCUCGGUGCUCACGCUCUGCGCCUGCACUCCGCCGCUACCAGAGGUCCUACAUCUGUGGGACUUUUUGUUUGCAUAUGGGCCGCAUCUCAAUAUUCUAUGCAUUGUGGCUCAGCUAAUCAGAAUGCGCGAUACUAUUCUCAAGAGUCCAAGCCCGAAUAAGGUCCUCCGUUCAUUUCUCCCUCUAAACGCUAAGGAGAUCAUCGCCCUCACGGUCCUCCUCGUCCGCGAUAUUCCUGACGAUCUCUACCAGGAAAUGGUAGACCACGCCAAAUAGACUUUCAUUCGAGAGCACGCUUAGUCGCUUCUUUUCCGGCUUUCCGCCUCUAAACUUCAUUUCGAUUCGUCCGUGUUUUGUGAUAUCUUGAAGUUUAACCCUUUUUUUCUCUAUUUCCCUGGUAGCCUCCUCGAGGCUCAAAACGUUAUUUUAUUUCUGGAUUUGUGUGAUUAUAUCGGGCAUUCUGUUUCUUUUCCCACCAUGUGUCAUUGAGCAUUGGACUUUGGGGGUCUCUGCUGGUUGGAGCUAGUCUGGGAUGAGCGAUUUCUCGCAUGUACCUGUAUUUAUAGCCUGUUUCCUUAGAAAUGAUAAUGACCAUUUAAUGCAAGAAUAGAACGCUUCUUGGGAGAGACACAGGUA